AAUAAUUUGUCAAAUGAACCAUAGACGGUCUAUGAAACGAACACAUCUUCAACUGACGUAGCCACGCACGCGUACGUACGGUAGGAGGAGCUUGAAAGUCGUUCAGGAAGAAGAGAAAGGCGGCGGCGGACAUAUCACGAUGGCUGCCAUCAGGAAGAAAUUAGUAAUAGUUGGAGAUGGAGCAUGUGGCAAGACCUGUUUGCUUAUAGUCUUCAGUAAAGACCAGUUCCCUGAGGUCUACGUCCCCACUGUGUUUGAGAACUAUGUGGCAGACAUCGAAGUAGAUGGGAAACAGGUGGAGUUAGCUUUGUGGGAUACAGCUGGUCAAGAGGACUAUGACAGAUUGAGACCACUCUCCUAUCCUGACACAGAUGUCAUUCUGAUGUGCUUCUCUGUUGACAGCCCUGACAGUUUAGAAAAUAUUCCAGAGAAGUGGACCCCUGAGGUAAAACAUUUUUGUCCAAACGUUCCAAUUAUUCUUGUGGGUAACAAAAAAGAUCUGCGUAAUGAUGAACAUACCAGGCGAGAGCUUGCCAAAAUGAAACAGGAGCCAGUCAAACUGGAGGAUGGCAGAGAGAUGGCCACCCGCAUUGGUGCUCAUGGUUACCAGGAGUGUUCCGCCAAAACCAAAGAAGGCGUCAGGGAAGUCUUUGAAUUGGCAACUAGAGCAGCCCUUGUGUCUAAGAAACGCAACAAGAAGAAUGCCUGCAAUCUGUUAUAAGGAGAAGAUGGGACUGCUCUCAAGCACAAACACAAGGACAACCUAAAGUUUAUGAUGUUUUGAGGAGAACCCUGCCCAAUCUCUUAUCACCCAGUUAACCUCAGAAUGUUCAUGCAGGUUUUAAAUGAUUUAAUAAGCUUAUACAUCAUGGCUUAUAAUAGAUUGAUAAAAGUAGAUUUUGUGCCAAUUUGCAUCUACCAAAACUUGUAGAUCUCUGCGUAUGUGACACAAGUUGGUAGUGGGUGAUUAGAAGUUGUUAUAAAUAAGGGUUUAUGUGUGCCAUGAUGGGAAUGAAGAUUAACGGUCCUCACCAGGCCAAGACAAUGGGGACCUAAAUAACAGAAAAAAGGGGGUUUAAUAACUCAAUAAGUGUAUCUUACACAAUGUCGCCUAUAUGUAGUGCCUUGAGUGCAGUGUCAGAAAGUUAACGUUAGGGACUCAUGAUUACAAGUGGGGUAUUUUUUCACUUCAGUGUCUAUGAAAGUUAUACGAGUGCUUUCUCCUUAUUAUUGACUUGGCUCCCACAGGUCCAUGUUCUGACUCAGGCGCAGUACAGGGGUGUCCCUAAAGUGGAUUGUAUGACAUGUUUCUUCCCAUGUUUAAAUAAUUGCAUAUACUUACAAUAGGCGAGUGGGUGUUGUAUGAUUGUUUUCUCUGGUGCAGGUCAGCAUGCAGUGAAUGUGAGGUGAUAUUUUGUGUGUAUUAACAAAUUGUCCAUGUUCGGUAUGCAUGGAAAGCCUUUGGCACUCCCUGUGUUCAUCCCAAAGUUACCCAAAUGGCCCAGUUUGAGGUCAUGGCUUUACAGUUUCCUCAGUGAUGAACAUAUACUUUACUGAAUGGCCAGCGGCACAGACAGGUUUAUGAGAUUUGAGGACCUUUUGAGCAUACAAGUGAUUGGUUGUGUAAAUGUGUAAGACCAUAAGUGAUGUAGUUGAUGAAUAUUCCUUUUAAUUUAGGCAUAUCUUAUAAUUCUGUAUGGAAUGUCUUACAAGGCCUUGUAAGGACAUGUUUAUGUGUUUCAAGUCUGCCUUUUAUUCUACUUUCCAUUGCCCCUUUAAACUGUAAUUGUGUAAUUAUCACUUUAUAUGGUUGAUGUUUCUAAUCUUAGUAUAAUUUAAUCAUUUUAACUAAUCCUGCUGUUAUGAUAAUUUUGUGUCUUCUAAAUGAUUACAUGUAACCUUAAUAGCCUAUUAAACAUUGCUAAUUAAACAUCAA